GGACGAAAUGAUUGUACUUGCUAAAAUUAAAAAACAAAAAUUGAGAGAGGGCAUUUUUGAUGAAGCAUCACCUACUAUGGUUGAUGACCAGGGAGGUCAGCAAGCAGUAACUGACCUGGACCUAAAAGCUACCGUUCCCCUCGCAAACAUCGAGUCCUACCUGUGGGGCAGUUGUUUGGAUAAGGAGUUUGCGUUGAGCGAGCGAACCAUAGGGUGCGGUAUAUUCGGUGUUGUAGUCAAAGGUAGACAUCGACUGGAGGACAGGGAUUACGCUAUAAAACUGGAGUUUAUUUGCGCCGACUCCGAGCACAGCCUACUCCAGGAGUGCAACCAAAAGCUCCAACGCCUCCAACCCUGGGCUGAACUCGACUCCAUAUACUGUGCCAAAUACCGGCGCUCGUGGAUGGAAAGGGACGAUCGAUCGCGUGAUCGCUUCAUAGACUACUGGCGCGACGCCCAGGAGGGCCGGCAGUCUAAGGAUGACAUCCGACACAUCAUUAACGCCGUAUACCGUCCGGCCCGACAUUACGCUAUACUACAC